GCUCCGGCCGCGGCGCCCGCGCCCGCCGCCCCCGCCGCCCUCGCCGCGCGGCCCCCGGCCCGGCCCGGCCCGACCCGGGCAGCGCAGCGGCGGGGCGAGCGGCGGCGCGGCAACAUGGCGACGGUGCCCGUGUACUGCGUCUGCCGGCUGCCCUACGACGUUACCCGCUUCAUGAUCGAGUGCGACGCCUGCAAGGACUGGUUCCACGGCAGCUGUGUUGGGGUGGAAGAGGAGGAGGCACCCGAUAUCGACAUCUACCACUGUCCCAACUGUGAGAAAACCCACGGCAAGUCCACGCUCAAGAAGAAGCGGACCUGGCACAAACAUGGCCCUGGGCAGAUGCCGGACAUGAAGCCAGUGCAGAAUGGCAGCCAGCUCUUCAUCAAGGAGUUGCGGAGUCGAACUUUCCCCAGUGCUGAAGAUGUGGUGUCCCGUGUGCCAGGCAGCCAGCUCACUGUGGGCUACAUGGAGGAGCAUGGCUUCACCGAGCCCAUCCUUGUCCCCAAGAAAGAUGGACUGGGCCUGGCUGUCCCUGCCCCAACAUUCUAUGUGAGUGACGUGGAGAACUAUGUGGGGCCAGAGAGAAGCGUGGAUGUGACAGACGUCACCAAGCAGAAAGACUGCAAAAUGAAGCUGAAAGAAUUUGUGGACUAUUACUAUAGCACCAACCGCAAGCGUGUCCUCAAUGUGACCAACCUUGAAUUCUCAGACACCAGAAUGUCCAGCUUUGUGGAGCCACCUGACAUUGUGAAGAAACUUUCAUGGGUGGAAAACUACUGGCCUGAUGAUGCAUUGCUGGCCAAGCCCAAGGUGACCAAGUAUUGCCUGAUCUGUGUGAAGGACAGCUACACUGACUUCCACAUAGACUCUGGGGGUGCCUCGGCCUGGUACCAUGUCCUCAAGGGGGAGAAGAUCUUCUAUCUCAUCCGGCCAGCCUCAGCCAACAUCUCCCUGUAUGAACGCUGGCGGUCAGCCUCCAACCACAGCGAGAUGUUCUUUGCCGACCAGGUAGACAAAUGCUAUAAGUGCACAGUCAAGCAGGGGCAGACCCUCUUCAUCCCCUCAGGCUGGAUAUACGCCACGCUCACGCCCGUGGACUGCCUGGCCUUCGCUGGACAUUUCCUCCACAGCCUCAGUGUGGAGAUGCAGAUGAGGGCAUAUGAGGUGGAAAGAAGGUUAAAACUAGGCAGCCUGACUCAGUUUCCCAACUUUGAAACUGCCUGCUGGUACAUGGGGAAGCACCUAUUGGAAGCAUUCAAAGGUUCUCACAAGUCUGGGAAACAGCUGCCCCCACAUUUAGUUCAAGGAGCUAAAAUUCUCAAUGGUGCUUUCAGGUCAUGGACGAAGAAGCAGGCUUUGGCAGAUCACGAGGACGAGCUCCCCGAGCACUUCAGGCCCUCACAGCUCAUCAAGGACCUGGCCAAAGAGAUCAGGCUCAGCGAGAACACCUCCAAAACUGUCCGACCUGAAGUAAAUGCUGUCGCCUCCUCAGAUGAGGUCUGUGACGGGGACAGGGAGAAGGAGGAACCGCCAUCUCCCAUUGAGACUACCCCACCUCGAUCCUUCCUGGAGAAAGUGUCCAAAAAAAAGACUCCCAAGACUGUGAAGAUGCCCAAGCCAUCCAAAAUCCCCAAGCCUCCCAAACCCCCCAAGCCCCCCAAGCCCCCCAAAACCCUGAAGCUCAAGGAUGGAAGCAAGAAGAAAGGGAAGAAAUGCAAGGAGUCGGCCUCACCCACCAUCCCCAACCUGGACCUGCUGGAGGCCCACACGAAAGAGGCGCUGACCAAGAUGGAGCCACCCAAGAAAGGAAAGACCCCAAAGAGUGUCCUGAGUGUUCCCAAUAAGGACACAGUCCACACACAGAAUGAUAUGGAGAGGCUGGAAAUCCGAGAGCAAACUAAGAGCAAAUCAGAGGCCAAGUGGAAGUACAAGAACAGCAAACCUGACUCUUUACUAAAGAUGGAGGAGGAGCAGAGGUUGGAGAAAUCACCCCUGGCUGGGAACAAGGACAAGUUCUCCUUUUCUUUCUCCAACAGAAAACUUCUAGGCUCCAAGGCCCUCAGGCCCCCGGGCAGCCCUGGUGUGUUUGGGACCUUGCAGAGCUUCAAGGAGGACAAAGCCAAGCCUGUACGCGAUGAGUAUGAGUAUGUAUCGGAUGAUGGGGAGCUGAAGAUAGACGAGUUUCCCAUCAGGAGGAAGAAGAAUGCCCCCAAAAGGGACUUGUCCUUCUUACUGGACAAGAAGGAGGCUCUCCUCAGGCCCGCCGCAAAGCCAAAGCUGGACUCUGCGGUAUACAAGAGUGACGACGACUCCUCUGACGAGGACUCUCUGCACAUCGACACGGACACCAAGCCAGGCCGCAACGCCAAAGUCAAGAAGGAGAGCGGGAGUUCUGCAGCAGGCAUCCUGGACCUGCUGCAGGCCAGCGAGGAGGUCGGGGCGCUCGAGUACAACCCCAACAGCCAGCCCCCUGCCUCCCCCAGCACACAGGAAGCCAUUCAGGGAAUGCUGUCCAUGGCCAACCUGCAGGCCUCGGACUCCUGCCUGCAGACCCCAUGGGGCACUGGCCAGGCCAAGGGUGGGUCGCUGGCAGCUCACGGUGCCCGGAAGAAUGGCGGUGGCAGCAAAGGCACGAGCAAACGCCUGCUGAAGAGGACCGCCAAGAACAGUGUCGAUCUGGAGGACUACGAGGAGCAGGACCACCUGGAUGCCUGCUUCAAGGACUCAGACUACGUUUACCCCUCCCUGGAGUCUGACGAAGAUAACCCUGUCUUCAAGUCCCGGUCAAAGAAGAGGAAAGGCUCAGAUGAUGCCCCCUACAGCCCCACAGCCAGGGUUGGCCCGUCGGUGCCAAGACAGGACAGGCCUGUGCGUGAGGGGACCAGAGUGGCCUCCAUCGAGACUGGGCUGGCAGCUGCUGCAGCCAAGCUGUCCCAGCAGGAGGAGCAGAAAAACAGGAAGAAGAAGAACACCAAAAGGAAGCCGACUCCUAACACUGCCUCCCCCUCCAUCUCCACCACCUCCACCUCCACGGGUACCACCUCGGCCUCCACCACCCCAGCCUCCACCACCCCGGCCUCCACCACCCCAGCCUCCACCACCCCGGCCUCCACCAGCACAGCCAGCAGCCAGGCCUCACAGGAGGGCAGCUCACCUGAGCCCCCACCUGAGUCACACAGCAGCAGCCUGGCUGACCACGAAUACACAGCAGCCGGCACAUUCUCAGGGGCCCAGGCUGGCCGUGCCUCCCAGCCCAUGGCCCCCGGAGUCUUUCUCACACAGAGGCGGCCUUCUGCAUCAUCCCCCAACAACACUGCUGCCAAAGGAAAGCGUACGAAAAAGGGCAUGGCCACGGCCAAGCAAAGGCUUGGAAAGAUCUUGAAGAUCCAUCGGAAUGGGAAACUGCUCCUCUAAGGCUUGGGAAGCCAGGAUCCUUCUGCUCUGCUCAGGACCCCCGGAGCCCCGCUACAUCAGCCCCUCCCAGGAGGGUGGCUGUGCCGCCUGGCCCAGGAGGGCCUUGCCUCCUCCCAGCCACCUCUCCCCCACGCGAGCAUCUGUCCCUUGAGCAGGUGGAGCGAGCGGAGCAUGGCCGUCCCUUGUUGUGAACAUGGACAUCCUUUCUCAAGUUGCUUAGAGUGACCAGUUCCUGAAAGUGGCCCUGCCAACUUAAGGACCAUUCCGGUUUCAGGACAGCCUCCAGGCACCCCACCAGAGCCUGGUGACCUCUAUGGCUCUGCUUGGGAGCAUGAGGCCUUCAAGGAAGGCGAAGUGAGCCACGCUCACCGAGUCUGAGCUGGCCCCAGGCUGGCAGCCUCCAAAGGCGUAAAACAAGGCAAAGAAAGAAAGGACACAGAAAGAGAGGAGCUGUGGGCUAUUGAAUGUCCCCUCCCUCCUCUUCCUGAGUGAGUCUUACCGCACUUGGCCAGUGAGGAGAGGUCGCCCCAGCUUCCUGGCCGGCAGGUAGCAGGCUAGAUAGUGGGUGUCACACCCCGAAUGCCUGGGGACAUUUGCGGUUGUCAGGACCCACAGUUAGGUUGGUGUGUUAGUGGGUGGAGGAGCCACUGUGGGGUCCCAGGGGAAGGGUGACAGCUCAGCCACGUCUUAGGGUCCAGGGGACCCAGGCUAAGCCACGUGGAGGGGCCCCACUCUGGAACAGCACUUCUAGGCCAAGGCACCCUGCCCUGAGCGGGCAGACAGGUGGGCAGGGCCACAGGGCUGGAGCCAGCAUGGCAGCGCUUGUCUGAGCCCCUGGGUGGCAUCAUGAGCAUGGGCCAACCCAGGUGGCGUGUCCACCCAUCAACACAGAGGGGCUGGGUUUGUUUCUCAGGCAAUCCUGUAUUUUCAUUUUAGAUGUAUUUCCGGAAGCAUAUUUUUCAUAGAAUGUAGCGUGUAAAUAGCUUUUUAAAUGACUUCUUUUUUAUAAGAGCAAAAGUAUCUCUAGGAAUUUCUUUCUAUAGAGUCCUUCAUUAACCUUUAUACGAGUUUUUGCUCCCCUCACCCUGGCUCUGAUGGACGGUCGGGUUCCGACCCCCACCCCCUUCUCUUUCUUUCUCUCUUUCUUUCCUUUUGUUACUCCUCUUACUUUCCUCGUAGGAACUAAGGUAUUGCCUGAAAAACAACGGCGUCUGCGCAGCCUUACACUCUGCCUCUCAGAGCGGAUAGUACAGAUUCCCUCCCACACGCCCUGAAGCCGCGUCUCCAAUCUCACACCAGCUCUUGGCUCUCCUUCUUGUGUGACGAGGGGUCGGGGAUGCAGUUAUUUUACUAGCACCUUGUGAAGUAUUUGUGUUUCGUGAUGCUGUAAUUUAUUAAUGUUUGUAGCUUUUUAUAUUUGUACAUUUCUUAUGAGGUUUGUUUCUACACCCGUUACCCGGAUGUGUUGUCCAUGAGGAGAUGCAGCUUGGCGGAGGCCUUAUCCACUCCCAUUUGACCUGUUUGGAGGGACGCCAUCCCCAGGGCCCGGGGCUGGGAGAGGGGCAUCUCGCGGGCCCCAGGCUUACUCAGAACUGGUGUUUUUAAAGUUUCCUUGACCCUGUCCUUGUGAACAUUUCUAUAAUCUUAACCCGGGCAUCAAGCUGUUUUCUCUCCUUCUCUUUUUAAUUUUAUUAUUAUUUUGGCGACAUGUACAUUUCUAACAAAGUUUAUCGUGGCUAUUAAAGUGUUCUAUUUCCCAGUUCAUAUUACUCUUGUAUCGAGUCCAUGAGGUCUAAGGCAACUUGGACCAAAGUUUUAAAAAAGUAAAACUAUUUCAGGUUUUGUACAGAA